AUGAAAGUGACCACGUUAUUCUCCUGCAGUUUAACAACAAUGUUCCUUUCUUCUAUUAAAGCAGAUCACUGCAAUGUAUACAAUCAGAGCAGCAAGUUUCAGCGUUUUGUACUUGAAGGCCAGCCUUUGGCUAUCAACUGCUUGUUAAGCCAAAUGCUAAAUCUGGAACUCAGGGAGGACAGUUUGACCUGGUACCAAGCUGGCAAUCCUACUCCUGUGUUGGAAGACCCGGCUUCCAGAAUUCAGCAACGGGCAAGCUCCCUUUGGUUCCUUCCGGCAAUUUUAGAAGAUUCAGGGUCUUAUGAAUGUGCUAUAAGGAAUUCAACGCACUGCAGCAAAAUGAAUUUUAAAGUAGCGGUCUUCCAAAACAACAAUGGUUCAUGUUUCAAUGCCAAGUUUGCCCUCCCUCAGAAUGUUUUCACAGCAGUGAAUGGAAAGAUUGUGUGCUCUAAUCUGAAUUCCUUCAGAGACAAAAACACCAUUUUAACCGUUCUCUGGUACAAGGAUUGCAAGUUAAUUAAGGACGGAAGGUUUCGGCCUUUAGAUAACUACCUUACAAUUGCCAAUACAACUAUGGAAGAUCAAGGAAACUAUACAUGCCAAAUGCCAUACUAUUACAUGGGAAAGCAAUAUAAUGUGUCAAGAGAUAUUACUCUAAAAGUUACAGAAAGCCUGCCAAAGAAGCCUCCAGAAAUUUUUUCCCCAAGAAACCACUCAAUUGAAGUAGAACUUGUUUCAGAUGGGAAGACCUAUGAUGCCUUCGUCUUGUACCCAACAGGCAAUGCAGUGGCUUGUAUGGACAGCCUAGAUAACUUUGUUCUAAAGCUGCUACCUGAGAUUUUGGAGCGACAGUGUGGAUAUAAGCUUUUUAUAGUUGGAAGGGAUGACCUACCAGGGCAAGCUACGGUCAGUGUAACUGAAGAUACUGUUAAACAAAGCAGAAGGCUGAUGAUCAUUUUGAAGUCAGAACUAUCAAGCUGCAGCCAGUUGGAAGAAACAUCAGAGCAGCAAAUAGCCAUGUACAAUGCACUUGUUCACUGUGGUAUUAAAGUGAUACUAAUUGAGAUGGAAAAGAUACAGGACUACACGAACAUGCCGGAGUCUAUUCAAUACAUUAAGCAGAAGCAUGGGGCAAUCCGGUGGAAAAAAGACUUUGCAGAAAAAUCUCAGUUGGCAAAUACCCGGUUCUGGAAAAAUGUGAGAUAUCAGAUGCCGCCCAUAAGACCCGUGUCUCUUUCAGAAAUCAGCUUAUUGCCACAGUUUCAUAGCAAUCCUGUCAUGACUGUCACAAGGUAA